AUGGGUGUCCACGUUCUUUUAGCCUCGACUGCACUAAAAACAGUUAGUGUGACAGGUCUUUGGUUGAUCCCUUUACUACUUGGAGCUCUAACGUACAACAAUUACAAGUCAUAUGAUCCCGAAGCGAAGAUAUUAGAUAGGGAGCCCAAGAAGGAGUAUGACUUCAUCGUAGUCGGUGGAGGUUCAGCCGGAGCUGUUGUAGCCAAUCGACUUAGCGAGAUCAAGAGUUGGAAUGUACUUUUACUAGAAAGUGGUCCUGAUGAGAAUGAGAUCACGGACGUGCCCUCACUGGCGGGCUAUUUGCAGCUAACGAAGUUGGACUGGCAAUAUAAGACCGAGCCGACGUCCUACGCAUGCCUGGGUUUCAAACAGCACAGGUGCAGUUGGCCGAGAGGAAAGGUACUCGGCGGCUCUAGCGUGCUAAACUAUAUGAUCUAUGUGAGAGGCAACAAAUAUGACUACGACCAGUGGGAGUCGAUGGGUAAUCCCGGCUGGGGCUAUGAAGAAGUUUUGAAGUACUUCAUUAAAUCUGAAGAUAACAGAAACCCUUACCUAGCUAAGAGCAAAUAUCAUGGAACUGGUGGCUUCCUCACUGUUCAAGAAGCCCCUUGGAGAACACCCCUUGUAGCAGCAUUUGUGGAAUCAGGAGUCGAAAUUGGAUAUGAAAACAGAGAUAUUAACGGAGCUACACAAACGGGAUUCAUGAUUGCUCAAGGGACAUUAAGAAGAGGCUCAAGGUGCAGCACAGCAAAGGCCUUUCUAAGACCUGUUAGAACAAGAAAGAAUUUAGACAUAUCCUUGAAUUCGCAAGCAACGAGAGUGCUUAUCCAUCCAGUGACUAUGAAGGCGUAUGGAGUAGAAUUCGUAAAACAUGGAGAAAAACGCAUUGUGUUAGCCAGAAAAGAGGUAAUUUUAUCAGCAGGAGCUAUAAAUAGCCCACAGCUGUUAAUGUUAUCGGGUAUAGGACCAAAAAAUCAUUUGAGGGAUGUAGGAAUUAAGGUUUUGAAAGAUUUACCAGUCGGAGAAAACUUACAAGACCACGUUGGUGUCGGAGGACUAACAUUCUUGGUUGAUAAGCCAGUUUCAAUAGUGCAAAACCGGUUCCAGGCUUUCCCAGUCACUAUGAACUAUGUAGUAAAUGAGAGGGGUCCAAUGACGACACUUGGUGGUCUUGAAGGUAUCGCUUUUGUUAAUACAAAGUACGCAAACAGUUCUGGAUUAUGGCCCGAUAUUCAAUUUCAUAUGGCACCAGCGUCAUUUUCUUCCGAUAAUGGACAAAUUGUAAGAAAAAUUCUAGGUCUGACUGAUGAGGUAUACGAUACCGUUUACAAGCCGAUAGCAAAUAAGGACGCAUGGACAAUUAUGCCUCUUUUACUCCGUCCAAAUACACGAGGAUAUGUUAGAUUAAGAAGUUCUAAUCCAUUCCACUACCCAAUCAUGAAUCCGCGGUAUCACGAAAACGCUUUAGACGUAGCUCGUCUUGUGGAAGGAAUCAAGAUAGCUGUUAAAGUGGCCAACGCUUCCCCAUUUAAACAGUUUGGUUCUAGACUCUACAUGAAGCCUUUGCCUAACUGUAAACAAUUUAAAUUUAUGUCUGACGAAUAUAUAGAGUGUCAAGUGAGAACUAUUUCAAUGACAAUAUAUCAUCAGUCUGGUACGGCUAAAAUGGGUCCAUCGUGGGACUCUGAAGCGGUUGUGGACCCCAGGUUAAGGGUCCACGGUAUUGAGGGACUAAGAGUGAUAGAUGCUAGUAUUAUGCCUACUAUAGUCAGUGGUAAUACGAAUGCAGCAGUUAUCAUGAUCGGUGAGAAAGGUUCCGACCUUAUAAAACAGGACUGGUUAAACAAUAGACGAUGA